GCUACUAUCAGAUGAGACGUAAGGAAUUACCGCUUAUUAGAAUACCCCUAACCUAUACGAGACGUAGGGCUACUAUAAAAACGCGUCUCGGUAUAGACUGUAGCUCGCUCUCUCCUCCCUUCAACAACUCUCUUCACUUCGCACUUCACUUUUCACUUCGCUCUUCACACAAUACUGCAACACCACAACACUACAACACUACAACUCUAAUACAUCUCUCAUCUGCAAUGCCCCCAGUCACUCCUACCAAAGCAUCGGCUGUUCUCAGUCGUGGGUUAACUAGGUCCCACACCAACAUCCCUCCCUUUUCCUCAACACCUUCUCCUCUUCCUCGCUUUUCUUGGUCACCUAUUACUCCUCCUACUCCUCCUACCCCUACUAUCCCCUAUAACCCAACUCCCGUCCGCACCCCCAUCUUCUCUCCUAUCCGUUCCCCUUUCUCUCCUCUUGGUCCUUCUCCCGCUACACCCUCCCCUCCUUCCCCUAUUGUAUCUCCUUUCUCCUCUGCUAACCCGAAAGCACCUCCCUCUCCUCUUUCUCAGUUUCUAGUUUCUAUGCGUGCCCGUAAUCAGAGACGAGGAGUCCGCCUCGGUACCCACCUUCCACCUAAGCCCAAAACACUAUGCCCCGAAUGUGACAGAGUAAAGAUGUUGCUCCCGGCAAAGUGGUGUGGCCAUCAAGUAACUCCAUCUCGAAUGAAGAACGGCCUGCGGGUCGUUCGACUUCCGAAAAACUUCCCAAACGACAAAGCUACUUUAGCUAAAAAGGCACGAAUCGCAAAAGAAAAGGCAGCCGCUGCUAAAUCGGCACACGAAAAGAAGGCAAAAGCUCCUAUCGCUAGUUUACCUGUUGCUAAAACAGUAACGCCUAAACGCGUUAUUGUAGAGGCAAAGCCGGAACCCAGGGUCAAGAGUUCGCCUCUGGUUCACACUCCUUUCAAAAACCCAGACUUGAACGACAAACCCCUACACUGGUCACCUCGCAUGUUCAAGCCCGAGAUCGACCGUCACAAUUGGACUUGGUCUGAUUGGGACUCUCCAUCCCGGGAAAUCGAAGAUGCCACGUACCAGACUACCGAUUGGCCCAUCCACGAUCCUUUCGCUGGUCUUCCACCACACAUCAGGAAGAAGUUCGAGGAGAUGAAGAGGAUGGAAAAGCAGCUAUUGGAACAGCAGCCCGAUAGCAGCGUCACAGCUGACACCGUUCGCUACGAGGAAGUCGAUAUCGCAUCGUCAUUUUCUUCGGAAGCGUCCACUCGUUCGAAACGCACUCAUUCAAAGCACUCUCGUUCAACAGGCACUCGUUCAGCACACACUCGUUCAGACUCGACGUCAUCUUCGGAAUUCUCUUCCUGGGUAGACGUGAAUAGCCGUCCUUGGCCACCACACGUCCUUAAAAUGUUCAACGAAGGCGAGGAGGAACGCAAGGAAUGGGCAGAAAGGAGACGCAACCAGCCGACCAUGUCCCCUCUUGCUGAAUCCAUCAUCUCGGACGUCUACAUUCCUUUGGAUUCCCCAAAGCCUCUCCGCGAACCCUCGCCAGAGCCUACUCAGUCUUCCGGACUAUCUUCUCUUCUUCAGCUUUACGUCGAAAGCGACAGUGAUCGCCAACGGUGGCAAGCAGAGAAAGAGAAGAAGGAGAAGGAAGAACAGGAAGAGAAGGAGUUGAGGGAGAUGGUGGCAAAGGCGAAGGAGGCAUAUGCUCACGAGAGCUCUUUCGAGGGCUCGUCCACUCAUUCGAAUUCAGGCUCUUUUGGCUCUUACAACUCAGACGUCGCCAACCAGUACGCUCGUAACAUUCAGCAGAUCAUGCAAGAUCUUCACGCGUCAUCUUCUGCUGCUCCGGCUCCGGCUCCGGUCCCAGCCCCAGCCCCAGCCCCAGUUCCAGCUCCUUCUCCAGUUCCUGCUGCUGCCUCGCCUAUUCACGAUAGCCCCCCUAAGAGCCCAACCACUCAUUCGGACUCUUACGGCUCUUACAACACGGACGUUGCUCUUCAGUACGCUGGUUCUAUCCAGCAGAUUUUGCGGGAUCUUCGCGGACCACCUGCUGCUGAACCUGUUGCUGAACCAACCCUUGCUGAACCCACUCAUGACGACUCUUUCGAGAGUCAGGACGCUCAUUCAAACUCCUAUGGUUCUUACAACUCCGAGGUUGCGAAUAAGUAUGCCAGUAACAUCCAACAGAUUAUGCGCGAUCUACAUGCGUCGUCUGCUCCCGCUCCCGCUGCUGCUGCCGCCGAACCUGUUGCUGAACCUGUUGUUGAACCCACUCAUGAUGACUCCUUCGAGAGUCAGGACGCUCAUUCGAAUUCCUAUGGUUCUUACAACACCGAUGUGGCGAACCAGUACGCUCGUAACAUUCAGCAGAUUAUGCGUGAUCUUCACGCGUCAUCUGCUCCCGCUCUCGCUGCUACUGCUGCUGCUACUGAAACUAAUUCUGCUCUGCCUACUUACGACGAAUCCUUUGAGAGUCAAGACACUCAUUCGAAUUCUUAUGGUUCUUACAACUCCGAUGUGGCGAACCAGUACGCUCGUAACAUUCAGCAGAUCAUGCAAGAUCUCCGCGCGUCAUCUGCUAACGAACCAGCUGCUGCUCCCGCUCCUGUUGCUGCCCCUGAAACUACUUCUGCUCUCCCUGCUUACGACAACUCUUUCGAGAGUCCCGACGCUCAUUCAGAUACCUAUGGCUCGUACAACUCCGAUGUUGCGAACCAAUACGCUCGUUCUAUCCAGCAGAUCAUGCAAGACCUUCGUGCAUCAUCCACUGCCGCACCUGCUCCUGCACCUGCUUCAGUUUCUUCUCACACCUCGGGUUCGGAUUCGGCUUCUACUUCUGCUCCGUCUCCUCCUCAGCACUUCUUCGCCAAACGCCAGCUCCCUUCGGCUUUCACCCUGGAGCGACCAAGGCCUGCGGAAGUGCCGGCAAGGGAAUCCGGCUUCGGCUGGAAGUCUCUUGCCUGUGUUGGUGUCGCGGCUGCAGCCGUCGGCGCGGGCCUGGCUUAUGCUUGGCUUUCUUUUGCGACAUAGUCUUUCUUUUCGGUCGGUCGGUCGGUUUUCGGUUCGGUGGUAUAUAGUGAGGCGGUUUUGCAGUGCCCAUGUGUUUGUUGUGUUUUGGAUAUCCCUUCUUUCUUUUUCUUGUAUAAGUUGUCGCGGAUAACUGGAUGUUUCUUGUAAACUGUUUCGCUCGUUCGCAUCCUCUCUUUCAUCGCUCUAUUCCCUCUUACCCCCUUGCCU